AUGCAAUUCCGCUCCAUCAUCCUCGCCGCCACCGGCCUGCUUUCUGUUGCCUACGCUGCCCCAGCUACCGGCAACGUUGUUUCUGAAAACCCGCUCUUCACUCGCCAGUGCCAACCAACUGGAUUUUGCGCAAAGUCCGUCGAUGCUUGCACUCAGCUCCAAUGCUGCUCCAAUGCGAAGCAGUUUACCCGACUGGACCAGCUAAUUAAUAGUAUCUCCUUUCACUCAACAGAGGUUGAGGCUUUGGCUGCAUAUCACUCUGGCUAUUCACUCACCCAGCUGCCCCAGCUGCCCCUUUACUCCAAUUACCACUCUUCUACUUAA